AUGUCUAGGCGCAAACAGGCGAAACCCCAACAUAUCAACUCCGGAGAGGACUUCGAGGAGCUGCAGCCGACCCCGGAGUGUGCAGAUGCGGCCCCAGAGGAACCGGCGGCCGGGGAUCCGGGUGCUGUCAUGAGCCUGGCCGGGACGGAUGAUGAGGAGGUGAGGGAUGAGAACGUCCAGAGCAAGCGGCUGCGCUGUGAUGACACCCACAUUUGCAAGAAAUGCUGCGCUGAGUUCUUCAGCACCUCUGCGUUCUUGGAACACAAGAAAAAUUGCACUAAAACCCCGCCUGUGCUCAUCAUGAACGACAGUGAGGAGCCAGUGCCUUCUGAAGACUUCUCCGGGGCAGUGCUCAGUCAGCAGCCUGCCAGUCCCAGCAGCAAGGAGGAGGAGGAGGAGGAGGAAGAGGCAGAGGAGGAAGAUGAGGAGGGUGCCCGGGGUCUGGGGGACCCCAGAGAGAAGCCGACAUCAGAGCCGCCCACUGUGUACUUGAAGACAGAGCCCACUGGGCCGCCAGCCACGCAGGACGUAAGCUAUUUACCCAAAGGCAAGGUCACCAACAGUAAUGUGACGCUGCAGGCGCUGCGGGGCACCAAGGUGGCCGUGAACCAGCGCAGUGCUGACGCGCCACCCCCGUCCCUGCCCGGGGCCAACAGCAUCUCCUGGGUCUUGGAGCAGAUCCUGUGCCUCCAGCAGCAGCAGCUUCAGCAGAUCCAGCUCACGGAGCAGAUCCGUGUCCAGGUCAACAUGUGGGCAUCACACACCCUGCACUCCGGCGCCGACGCCCUGAAGACCGUGGGCAACCACAUGUCUCAGCAGGUGUCUGCGGCCGUGGCGCUGCUCAGCCAGAAGGCCGGGGGCCAGGCCCUGUCCCUGGACUCCUUGAAGCCAACCAAGCUACCUCAUGCCAACGUCCCCUCUGGCCCUGUGACCCCGCAGGGGCUGACACCCUUUGCUCUGAAGCCAGAUGGAGCGCGGGUGCUGCCCAGCGUCGUGUCUCGCCUGCCCAGCACGCUGCUACCUCAGGCCCCGGGCUCCCUGCUCUUCCCUGGCCCUUUCUCCACCACUGCACUGGACCCGACCAGGAAGGGAAAGGGGAAGCUGCCCAGCACCCCAGAGGUGGACGUGAAACCCAAAGAAGAAGCUGUCCUCUCCAAGCACAAGUGUAAGUACUGUAGCAAGGUUUUUGGCACCGACAGUUCCCUGCAGAUCCAUCUGCGCUCUCACACCGGAGAGAGGCCCUUCGUGUGCCCUGUCUGCGGCCACCGCUUCACCACCAAGGGCAACCUCAAGGUGCACUUCCAUCGCCAUCCCCAGGUGAAGGCCAACCCCCAGCUGUUUGCCGACUUCCAGGACAAGGUAGUGCCCCGUGCUGGGGUGCUCCAUGCCGUCUCUGUCCCUGCCGGCAAUGCCAGCGCCUCUGUAGACAGCAAGCCCAUCUUUGUGCCCGGGACACCCUCUGCAGGGCUCCCUCAAACUCUGCCAUCAGGGACGAACCCCAAGGAGCUCCUGAGUGGUCCCUUCCCCAGUGACUUGCAACCUGGGCCUUCUCCCGGGAGUGAGGGUGGCACCCCUUUGCCAGGCGUGGGGACUAUCCAGAAUUCUCCCAGGCUUGGUGGCUUCUCAGGGAGUGGGACCCCCGAGCCUGGGUCGGAGACCCUCAAGUUACAGCAGUUGGUGGAGAACAUCGACAAGGUCACCUCCGACCCCAACGAGUGUCUCAUCUGCCACCGGGUCUUGAGCUGCCAGAGUUCCCUCAAGAUGCAUUACCGCACACACACGGGCGAGAGGCCCUUCCAGUGUAAGAUCUGCAACCGCGCCUUCUCCACCAAAGGCAACCUGAAGACGCACCUGGGGGUCCACCGCGCCAACACGGCCGCCAAGACCCAGCACUCGUGCCCCAUCUGCCAGAAGAAGUUCACCAACGCCGUCAUGCUGCAACAGCAUAUCCGCAUGCACAUGGGCGGCCAGAUCCCCAACACGCCGCUGCCAGAGGCCCCCUGUGACUAUCUGGGGGCCGAGCCCGUAGUGGGUGAGAAUGGCGGUACAGGAGCCAGCUCCUUUGAUGACAUGGAGAGCAACGGUGUAGACGCGGCCAGCCCCCAGGGGGGCCCCAGUGGCUCCAAGGGCAGCGGGGCCCUCCCCAAGCAUCACUCGGCAUCACCCACACUGGGGUCCUCUCUGGAUACCCCUGGGAGGGCCGCUCAGGGUCCCCUCGGCCUACAGCGGCAGAGGAGCCGGGACAACAGCUCGGUGGAGAGUGACAGCUUCACAAAUGAUUCGUCCUCAGUGAUGGAAGACCCAGAGUAUCGGAGCCGAAGUCCUGAGGCCCUGGGGGAAGGCCGGGCCUUCCAGGUCAUCUCCCCGGCCAACAGCCAGGCGGAGAGCGUCAGGUCCAAGUCCCCUGAGGCUGGAGGCCGUGCCGAGGGCGCCGAGAUGGAAGCUCGGAGCAAUCUCCCAUCAUUCAUCAGAACCCAACCAACUUACGUCAAAGUUGAAGCUCCUGGCACAUUCGUAGGGCCCUCGAGCCUGUCCCCGGGCAUGGCACCCCUGUUGAUGACGCAGCCCCGCCGACAGGCCAAGCAGCAUUGCUGCACGAGCUGCGGCAAGAACUUCUCGUCGGCCAGCGCGCUGCAGAUCCACGACCGGACGCACACGGGAGAGAAGCCCUUUGUGUGCAAUGUGUGUUCACGCGCCUUCACCACCAAGGGCAACCUCAAGGUUCACUAUACAACACACGGUGUGAACAGCAGCACCACUCGGCGUGGCAGGAAGCUGGCCAUCGAGAACACCGCAGCUCUGCUGGGCACUGAUGGAAAGCGAGUCGCCGAAGUGUUCCCCAAAGAGAUCCGAGCACCUGCGGUGAACAUGGACCCCGCCGUGUGGAACCAGUACAACACCGUGCUCAACGGUGGCCUCGCCUUGAAGACCAAUGAGAUCUCGGUCAUCCAGAGCGGUGGCAUCCCCACCUUGCCUGUGUCCCUGGGGGCCAGCUCGGUGGUCAACAACCCUACUGCCCCCAAGGCUGAUGGCUCCCAGUCCAGCAUCAAUGCUGAUGAAGGGAAAACAGGUGCAACGGACGGUGUCUCCAAACACCAGUUCCCUCCCUUCUUGGAAGAAAACAAGAUUGCAGUCAGUUAA